UUGACAUAUUUCCACGUUCUAUAUCAUCACUCAGUGCAUUAUCAGUGCAUCGGAUGAAAAACAGGUUUUAUGAAGGUGAAAUGGCAGACAAAGAGAUUGACCUCUCCUCACCUCACUUCAUCGUGCCCCUCAGAAGUCUUGCAGUGCCAGAAAAUGCUGAUGUUCAACUAACUUGUACAAUAUCUGGCUCCCCUGAGCCAACUGUCACCUGGUACAAGAAUGGGCAAAUCCUAAACAAUUUAAGUGGAAUUUUAAAGGACAACUGCAUUCAUAUUCUUCAUUUGUACAAGUGCACAGAAGAGGAUGCAGGCCUUUACCAGGUGUCUGCAAGGAACAACCAAGGGAUGGCCAGCUGUUCAGCUGUACUGGAAGUCGGUUCUUUGACACGAAAUAAUAUUUUUCAUCGGCUGAAGCAAAAACACAGUGAAAGUUUGCUUUGCCGCAAAGCUGAGACUGCCAAACAUCAUGAAAAGGCAGCCACUCACAAGGAAAAUGGGGACAUUAUAAAGAGAGCAGCUGCUGAUGAAAUGGCUUCUGUCAAGAUUCAGUCUGAAUCAGAUGUGGCUCAUCCGAUGGCUGAUAAGAAAACCGCAAAAGAAUUCAGUAAUCUGAGCAAAAUUAGAAGCAGAACUGAACAUUUUAAUCCUACUGCUAGACCACAAGCUGUUGCACAAACUACAAAAAGUCUUAUAAAGAAUCACAUGGUUAAUAGUAACUUUGAUGCCCAUGUCUUAAAAAGCAACUCCACAACUUCAGUCACUACACCAUACCAGAAGAAAGAAAAUAGUGAUUUAGCAGGGGCUAUGACAGGCUUUAGAUCACCUGUUGGUGUAAGUGAAAUAGCUGACAAGUACACUGGGGCCCAAAGGAAGCCUUUAAUACACGCUUACUCUAAAAAAGGUUGCAAUCAUUCUAACGAGUUCUCAUUGGGUUCCCAUCUUAUCUCAGAAGAUGAAGAUGAUGAGUAUGCUCUAGACGACUUAAAGUGCUCUGAUGUCAUGACAGAUUACACUAAUGCAUUGUGGAACGCUAGAUUGCAAGGGCAUGAGCUGCCACCUUUAAAAGAAAGUGAUGGCAUUGAUGAUGACCUAUGCCUGAAUGAAAGUCAGAUUGGUAGCCUUAAAGAAAAUAUAAUGCAGCCCCAAGUGUCAAAUUACAGCGAGGAUACAGACGAUACCAUUGGCUUCCCUGCAGAUGACUCAAGAUUGUGGAAGCCAUCUGUUCAAAAAGACCCAUCUGGGGACAGCUGUCCAGCCAGACGCUCUGUGAUGGUUCACACAGCCACUAAGUGUCCAGACAGCUUGCCUUCUGUAGCAGCAGAACUGGAAUCUAUGGCAAUUAAAGACCCAGCCAUUGACACAUGGGAAGAGAACAAGGAGGAGCAUAAUGGCUUGGCAGGAGAAGAAAGUAUACAACCCAGUACUAAAGUGAUGACUGAGGGACUGUCAGUAAACACAGAGAAUUUAAAACCCAAUUUAAAGAUCAAGAAAGGUGAAACAGAAGCUUGGUGCUCAUCAAAAGGAGGUAAAGGGGCCAGCGCUGGAUCAUUUUCAGAGGGAUAUUGCCCUGGGAUUACUUAUACAGAUAAGGAGAUGCGCUUGUCUCAGACUGGAACCGUGGAUUCUAAGAAACCCUGUGAAUGGGACAUGACUAAAGUGAUGUGUUCCUGUGAACAUCUUAGAUCUGUGGGAAACACAACUUUAAGUGACAAUGCUUUAGUUACCAGUGCCUCCACAGGAUGCAUUCUUUUACAGCAGACAAACAAGGGUGAGGCUGGUAAUACCAUAAGGCAUAGUGAAACCAGCAUUACAGAUCCUUGUCUAGACUAUGAAUUAAAGGAAGGAGAAGAAGAAAACAAUGGCCCCGGGAAGUCUGACAAAGACAUCAGCCAGCAUUUUCCUGUGGAUCUUAUCCACCGAAAGAAAAGAAAUAUGGAUAACUCUUCUCAAAGAACAGUCUCCAGCAUGGAGGUUCAAUUACCUAGAGAGGCUUCAGAUGGUGACAUCAUUGUCUCUGCAGUUAAAACAGAAAAACUACAUGUCCCUGAAGAAUACCUGAACCAUGAAGAAGGAGCUCCAAGGAAAGGGAAGGAUUUCAUGUCUACUUCAGAUUCUCAAAAACAAAAUGGUAGUUUGUUUUUAAAGUCUGAAGUGGAUGACUCCACAGAGAAACAUUCAACUCCCCUUUACCAGGAAAUGUCUCCUUACGGUAGAGGUUGCUUGGAUAGGGACCAGAACCUCAGCAAGGGUUUAGUGAAUGGUUUUCAGAUGUGCUCAAAUUCCUGUCCAGUACUAUUUAAAGCCAAUGAGAAUUUAGAAACUUCAAAUCAAACAAUUGGACUAAGGACUAAGCUUGUGCCAGAAGGCUUUUUCAAUGAAGGUGAAAUUGGUUCUGUGGGGAUUCAGAUUCAUAAGAAAAGUGAACGUAGCACUGAAGAGACUGAAACUCAUGCUCUUUUUGAGCAUGUUUCUGAGGAGGACAAAUGUUCUUCGGCUGCCGAUGCUGAAUCUAAAAGUGACACCAUACUUGAACAAAAUCAAAACCUUUGUUACAAAGACAACACAUUCUUCGACCAGUGUCAGUUUUUAGGUUUGGCAUCUGCUCAAGCAACAUUUCAAAAAUCAUUAUGUGAUGAUUCAUCCUGCCAAAAAGAGAUUGCAUCAGGCAAACCUGUCUUAACUAUGGAAUUUCAUGAUUUGGACAACAAGCAAAAUAAAUCUAUACAUGCAUUUAGCAAUGUCAGCAAAGAAAUUUCAGAUGUAAUCAGAUUAACAAGUGACAUUUUGACUACAGCUAAGGAAGAUAGUCUUGUACAUAUGACAUUAUUUGUACCAGAUUGUCAUCAAAAAGACCAAAAAGUUGAAAAACAGAAAAAUUGUAUAAUAAUACAGGAUGUAACUAUGGUUUCUGAUUCAAUGGUGCUGACACAUGAAACUGAAGGCUCUCACAGUGCAGUAAAAAUGACUUCAACAGAAAAAAUAAUCACAACAGGAAAUGAAAGCUCAACUUCCUCUAAACCUCAAGAUGCUAUUUUAGUUGAUCAAGUGCACAACAGGGUUCAGUACAUUUACACUGAUGAAGUAAACUCAGGGAAAGCAACAGCUGAGAAUGGAGUUCAACAGUCAACAGAAACCUGGUCUAGUCACAGUGCUGAAAAAGAAACUACCGAAAUAUCUCAAACACUUACAAAAAAUACAGACCCAAGUAAAAUUUCACUUGAACCAUUGAAAACAAUGUGUAAACCUCUAAAUAUCGAUGUUCAAAAUUACAUUGGUGCUCAAAGUUACAGUAGAAAGGAACAAGAACAAAGAUUCCACCUGCCUCAGAAAACGACCCCAAAAUCCAAAGAUAAUCCUACUGACAUAUCUUUUGAAAAUGGCAGCAAUAUAUUAAAACCCAUUAAUCUGGACAGAACUCUACAAACUGCCUCACAUCAGGUGAAUACUGAUCCUCAAUCUUUUGCCAUGUGCACGUCAAUUGAGCAAUGUCCUUUGAGUGAAGCUAGUUUUGAAACAGCAGCUGGUAGGCCUCUGAAUGGAGCAAAAAAGUCUGGUUUUGAAAGAGAGUUCCUUGAAAAAGAGAAAUUUUGUGAUCCUGAGGCAGUUCUCAGAUUCCAUGAGGAGAUACCUAUCUGUGGGAAGACAGCAAUAUGUAAGCAAAAUAAUAAACUGAGUGUGCCAGUCCAACCAGAAAAAGAGACUAGUUUAUCAACUCAGAAAAAAGAAAAAAACACUCAUAGAUCUCAUAGCAGGAAGAAAAAAAAUUGGGCACUGCCGGUAAACAUAGACAACAUAGAACAUUCACAUCAAUACUACAAAAAGCCAGGGUUGCCUUCAGUGGAAGCAGAAAAGCCCAAAGUAAUACCCUCUAAGGGGAAACCUGAAGCUUUGGAGGCAAAACCAAUGUCACAGGGGAAGAAAAACAAUGAAAAUCUGAUGACAGCUGCUCAUAGAAAGGAACACUUUCAUUUGCACAAUGCACAGAAUCAAUUGUCAGUCAGAAACAUUGUCAGUCAAACAUUGGGGGCAGGAGAAAAGGUCACUAUUUUGGAGAAUUCUGUGAAUUUAAUAUCAGAAGAAGAAAUUCAGACAGCAUCUUUAGUCCAGAAUGAAGAUAAUGAAGAACUGGCCAAGCGCAUUCGUUUGUCGGAUGAAGGAGUUGACAAAGAUACUUCAGAAGUGGAGUGUCAGAAGCCUGAAUUGGGAAAAAAUGAUUAUUCUGGACAACUAAAGAAGAAUGAGAGAAAAGCAUCAACAGAGAUGACCCACAAAAAACCCCAUAAAGAACCACACACUGAGAAGCAGCAGGAAGAGAAAAAAAUAGAAAAAAGAUCAAUCAAUGUAUGUAUUUUCUUAGCCCCGAAUAUUCUGCAGAACAUCCAAGCAGAAAGAAACCUGGAGGAUUCUGGGAACAUCAGUCUCUGCUGCCAAUUUGGUAACAUCCAUACUGAUUGUUCCAUCACAUGGAUUAAAGAUGGGUCUGUUCUGGCUGAAGUAGAGAGAAGCACAGGUGAUGAAAGCCCAGUCUUCUUUACAAUUGUAAAAGCCUCCAAUAAAGACGUAGGAAUUUACCAGUGCCAGCUCAAAAGCUCUCUCGGAAAUGUGUCUUUAGAUUACUGCUUCAGUUUAGAAGCACUGAAUGAGCUCAUCCCUUGUCAAAAUCAUAAAGUGGCAGAAGGAGAAAACAUUAAAUGUACUGAGCUUAUGUUCAGAGAUGAUUUUCUAAGUGACCAGUAUUUUGGAGACAAUCAGUAUGGCAGUAUUACUACAGAAGAGGACCACUUUGGAGAGGGCAUGCACCGUAAAGCUUUCAGGACAACGAUUGUCGAUGGCCUGAAGUCUCUGUUUCACCCUGGGCACCCCUGUGUCCUCAAAGUGCACAACUCCAUCAGCUAUGGGACCAAAACCAAUGAGGAAUUAGUCCAGAAGAACUAUGACUUAGCUGUAGAGGAGUGUCAUGUGCAGAACACAGCAAGACAAUACCUUAAAGCAUAUACAGAGAUUGCCAUGUCUACAGAAGGAUUUGGAGAUAUUCCUGAGAUCAUUCCCAUUUACCUUGUUCACCGCCCUACCAAUGAAAUCCCAUAUGCCACACUAGAAGAGGAACUGAUUGGAGACUUUGUGAAAUAUUCGGUGAAGGACGGAAAGGAAAUCAACUUGAUGAGAAGAGAUUCAGAUGCAGGGCAGAAAUGCUGUACCUUCCAGCACUGGGUCUACCAAAACACAGAGGGUAACCUGCUUAUCACAGAUAUGCAAGGUGUGGGGAUGAAGUUAACUGAUGUUGGAAUAGCGACCUGUAAGAAAGGGUUCAAGGGUUUCAAAGGCAACUGUGCCACAUCCUUCAUUGACCAGUUCAAAGUUCUCCACCAGUGUAAUAGGUUCUGUGAAAUGCUCGGGCUUAAGCCUUUACAACUCAGUCAACAAAAGUCAAGAAGAACAGCACCUGCUCCAAAACCACUGGCACAGCCCACAAAGAAAAUCAUUUUCACUCUCAAACCCCAGAGCAAAUCCUGAGAAUAAUUGGUAUUAAUAGUUAAAACUUGGUAUUAAUAGUUAAAACUAUAACAAUUUUACAUUUUAAAAAAUAAUUCUUGAGUGACCUUUCUUCUCACAUGCCUGUAAUUCCCUAAUUUCUAUCAAAAAAUCUUUUUUGAUACUGAUGUUCUGCACUUACGGUACAAUAUAUAAUCCUUCCUUAUAAUGUUUCAUGUACAGUAUAUUUUGAAGAAAUGUCUUACAAUCUUCUAUAUCUGUGGGGAUGGAACUAAUUUAGCUGAGGUCAUUUACAGUAGUACUAAUUCUAAUCAGAAUCUGUGAGAAUAAGUGGUUUAAAAUGACAGGCGCUAUAGCUUCAUGUACUACGUUAAUUUGGAUUUUUCACCUGAUGCAUUGAUUAGCAUGUACUGUAUCAGCAGGGAUGAAUUUUGAUCAAUACUGAUGCAAAUGUUCCACUGCUUGGCAAACCAUCAGUGUAGAUGUACAACAUCCAACAUCUUAAUCUUAAUGUGUGUUUUAUAAGAAAUUUAUACUGAAUGGCUGCCUAAUGCUGUGUCUAUGGGUCUUUUUAAGUUGAACUGCUAAUUUACACAUGCUCCAUCAAGUAUCAGUACAGCAUAUGCUGUUUUUAUUUUUUUUUAAGUAAUGUUGAAAUGUACUGUAAUGACAUUUCCCUUUGCUGUAUGACAUUUACAAAUAAACAGCUAUUAUUUUACUGCAUGAGUGCCUCAGUUGAAGAUUUUAAAAUUUGGACUUCAUGAGAAGAUGUGUUUUAUUUGGUAUACUUUUUACAAAAUUAUAUUUUUAAAUAUUGGGUUUUGUACUGCACAAUAUUUAAAUAAAUAUUAGUAACAUAGAUUAUAGUUUGCUAACACUAAUAAGCAAUUCAUACAGUGCUGUCCUGUUAUUUCAUUAAUUAAUUUUCAGUUUUCAGACUGAAUGACAAUAUAUUCCAAUAUGUUAAAGGGCCUGUCUGUCUAGUCCUAAUCUGCAAAUGAGGCAUAAGGGAGAAGACACAUCUCCCCUAAUUGUGAACUAAUGAGGUGGGGAGAUAUCCCUGUUCUUGGUGGAGUUAGCAAUGAGAAGUCAAUUUAGAAUUGCCAAUCAUACUUAACGCGUGGAAGGCUGUAAUAUACCAGGGCACCCAGCAAAACCCCACAUAAAAACACAGAGAACAUAUAAACUCCACACAGACAGACACCCAGACCCCUGAGCUGUGAAAAAUAUGUAGGGGACAGCACAUUGGCACAAUGAUUAGCAUUCCUGCCUCAAGGUGCUGGGACCCUAAAUUGAAUGAAACAGAAAAGUGAUGGAUGGAUUUAUCUGAAGGUGCAAGGAGUACAUACAAGCAUACAGUAGUAAAUGCAUCUGUUAAUCAAAAUUGAAAAACCUUGGGGUUAUAUUUGAUUCUGGCUUAACAUUCGACCCACAUGUACAGC